AUGCAAAAAAGAAGGACAUCACCUAACAAUAAAGGUCUUCCUUGCAAACCAGUCCCGGAAAUCUGGAAGGAAGCUCUGCAGCAGCCAAUGAGUCGUAAUGAUGGAUCUGACCCCAACCAAGUGGUGGCCCUCUCCUAUAAAACUGGUUUGGAAGCUAGAAAAAGAAGUAUAGAAAGAGCCAAAAUGACGCCCAUUUCCAAUGUAAUGUGGGGUCAUGCCCUUAAAGCUUUUGCAUGUCUCCAUGACGGAAGUCGAUUGCUCGAGGAAAGGAAUGCGAUUUUCCAGCUGUAUUUUCCAACAGCAACUAUCAGGAUGGCUUGCGAGAAAGGGCUAUACACACUUGUCAUGGACGGCGUUAAGAUCUUUCUCACCCUCGAAUGGCGCUACCCGAUCUUUAUGUUUCAGAUCCCCUUUGCCUACGCAUUCACUGGAAAGAAGAACCAGCAAACACAAGUUCCCAUUUGUUUCGACACAUAA